UCACAUUACGUGUAAAAUCUAGGAACAGUAUAGUUUGGGUGGUACUCUUUGUGACUUUUUUCUUUGGCGCUUGUUUUCUACAUGUACUGCUACGAGCAAUAAGCAAGCUGAUAUCCGGGGAGGUGAAAACAGAUCUUCAAAGUGCAGUUUGGUGUUUAGGAUCAUGUCUAGUUUUUCAGGGAGGGCAAUCUAUGAAAUCGAACGGACAAAGUGUCCGUUUAUUUAUUGGUAUUUGGUGGUUAAUGGCAAUAGUGCUUGGAGCCAGUUACAGUGGUACCAUUACUUCCUACAUGGCUAUUCCUGGCACUAAAACGACCAUAGACACAACGAGUAAACUACUUGUGGCAAUCGAUAACGACGGUUUCAGCUGCGGUGCAGCUGUUGGUACCGUUCAACAUCUUCGAAUGCAGGAUGCUGUUACUUCUGCAAUUAAACGACUAAAAUCAAGCAUGUACAGUGACACAAAGAAUGUGGUAAUCUCCUUAAAUGCUGGUCUUACCAAAGCACUGACUGAGAAAUAUGCCUUUUUGUACACAAAAUCUUCACUAGAAGCUGAAUUACAUCGUAACUGGAAAGAUAUCUUUGUGAUUUCAUCUGAUUCUAUUGCUGUCGAUAAGGUGGGCAUAGCUUUCCAGCGGAACUGGCCAUACCAACAGGAUUUCAACACAAUACUCCAAAGAAUGGUCUAUGGUGGUUUGAUUGACAAGUGGAAGAGAGACGUUCUCCUCAUUUUGAACAGAAACAACAGGAGCAUCUCUGAACCAAAAAGACAGGACGCAAGAGCUUUAACACUUAAUAAUACACAAAGUGGGUUUUAUGUUCUUCUCAUCGGAUACGGAAUCUCAUCGGGGAUUUUAGUGAUGGAACACAUUGCAGUCAAAAUGAAGAAGAUAUAAAUAUAUAUAUACGUCUAGUAUUUACCUUGAUUUCUAUACAUCUUUACAUGUACAUCUUAACACGAUGAAUUAUCCAGUUCUCAAAUACUUCAUUUAAAUUUUACUAAGGUUUAAGUUAAGCCUUAAUCAUCAAUUCUCCUCUUAAAUGUGAACACAAAAUAUUCGCACGUGUAGUAUUAGUAUUAUUGUAAGAUAUUAAAACGAGCAUUAGGUGAAAAAUGUCGCUUUUAUAGUGUUAAAUAUUUAUUUGUGAUAUGAUUUUAAAAUACGCAUUUCUGUUGAGAAAACUAUAUAGCUUUCUUUUCAUUAAUCCAGUGAAGCACUUUUCGAGACGGAAAAAAUGUUUAACUCUAGACUUUAUUGUAUAAGUAAAAUGAUUUGAUCAAGUAUUCUUGUUUUAGUAACUCAUAUAUGUACGCAUUAUAUUAACUAUUUAAACAGAUAUGUAGGUCCAAUUCCUAGGAAGAUCAAUCCCUACACCACUGUUACAUUUCAGCCUCUACUUUUCGAUCCUUUUGGAGUUUAUUUAUUCAGUUUUUACGUAAUUAUUCACCAAAACUUUGAAUUUAGGACACAGAAUUUCAUUAUUACAAACCCUAAUUAUAUCUAUUAAUAAUGCUUCAUGCAUUUAGGGCUUACACUGUUUGUUAUUUGCACGAUAUACAGCCACCUAAUGGCUCAGCAGUAAAGUUGAGGGCUUAUAGCGUUAAAGAUCGGGUUUCGAUACCCGCGGUGAACAAAACAUAGAUAGCCCAUUGUAUAGCUUUGUGCACAACAAGAAACAAACCACACAUAUAUGUACGCAUUAUAUUAAUGAAUGUUGUAUAAGAAUGGCAAUAAAAUCCAAUUAUUCGAUUAAAGUAGCUUAAGAACCAGCGGUGGAUACUGUUGACUCAUUACCUUCUUUCCAGCCUGCUAGUUCAGUAAUAUGGACGGCUAGUUUGUAGCUUUGCGCGAAUAUCCGAAAACAAAACAUAGAAAACCGAUAUUCUUCAAGAGGAAUCUGGCUACAACACUGAUAAAAGAUCUAAUUACUUAAGGUGUUUCAUCAAACAGAACAGUUUCGCGUAUCACUUGGAGCUUAUGAUUGGAGAAUUUUAGUUUUACUAAUCGAAAUGUAUAGAAUCUAUAGUUUUAAUACGCUAGUUAACAUUUAGGUUUCCGUGGACAAAGAAAUAUAGACUUUUACACCAAUCUAAGUAUGUGUAUUUAAUCAUAUGUUUCUAUAGUGUUUUGUAACUGUAAGGUAAUGGCAUUUUCUACUUUACCCUCAACACGCUUAUAUAAACAUUUUGUAAUUUUUUACUUCUGUCUUUAUUAAGAAAAGUCAGAUAAGAAGAUGUCAACAAAAGCCCCAAGCCUUUACUCUAGUUUUCAUGACAUGACAGAACUAUAUAACUGCUGACAACUUGUCAAUGAUUUUCUGUAACACAUAACCUUGAAAAUUCUCUAAAUCUAAGGGGUGCUAUCUUUAUGGAGUAUUACUGAAAUGGUCUAGCAGCAACUUGAAAAUGAUCAAAUUAAAAACUCCAGCAUUAGAGAUACUGUUAUAUUGAUGAAACAUGAAGCAAGAACACCAUCUUGGUAAACAGUAGCCUUCGGAAGUGUACAGAUUAACUUUACCUCCCUCUGAUAACAUAAUACCUCUGAUCUUGAUUAAAUGUAUCCAGUCACAUCACCUUACAAGCUUUAUUUUCUUUCACUAAGCCAAGUUAUAUCUUGUUCAACUGUUUCGUAAGCAUCCAGCUUUCUAAUUAAUCUACUAUAUUAUUUCACCAGAAGCUUUCAAAAAAUCAAGGUACACAUCAUGAAUAGUAACAGACAUAACAUAUUUUACGGGGCUAAUGAACUUCAUGAUGUUGUUUGUUUUAUGUACAAAAUGUUUAUAAAUUCAAUGUAUAUUAUUAAACACAUUAAAAUAUAUAAGGCCUUUAAAAGAAAGACUUUAGGUUGUGGUCUCCGUGCGCAUCACUUUUAGAUCAGUGCAUCAACAUGUUUUAAAAAUGGUCCGUUUCAAAGUAGAGUGCAUGGUACAGCAGCAUCUCAUCAAAAACAGCAUGAAAACAUACAUCAGCCUCGUUUCGGCACCUCAAGGAGUUUAUAGGGGUGUUUGCCAACAAUGUCACCAUGGUUUGCCAAGAUGACAAACGCAAAUUAAAUGUUAGGGAGCCAGAACCCCUGUUGCUGCUGUCGAUCGUGGAAAAAUUGCAGCCAAGACAUCUCCCGCGCAUUCUUACAAGAAUCCAGUUAACGAAUGAUAUCCAUUUUGAACUUGGAUCUCCAAGUAGUUGGUGUGAUACAUAUGAAAUUAACCAUGAAUAUGAGAAAUGGAUGUCGAAAUGCAACAACAUCAAGGAGAUUCCAAAGGCUGCAGAAAUGAAUUCUGUCUUUCAAGAGAAUGUUUUGAACAGCAUCAAGCAGCCAAUUGAAUUAAUUGGUGGAUUGUCUGGAAAACUUCAAGACCAAUGAAAAUUUUGUGUCGUCUCUCCAAAAGCACAAAAAGAAUCACCAUGGUAUUCCGUUUGCUCCAUCACGCCUCACAGCAUCACACACGAAGAACAGUCACCUGCCAAGAGUUCUCUCUGUUACCAUGGAACUGAAGCAACAGGAAUCGACUCAAGUGAUUUAGUAAAUCAUCUUUCCACACAUAAAUAUUCACAUGUUUAUUACAAAAUAAUUCAAAUACAGUUUAUAUUUGUUAUAUAAAUAUGUAAAUACUUCAAUAUGUUAUACUAACUUUGAAAUCUUAAAACUAGUAGCACAUAAUAUUAUAUUUUACAAUAUCCAUGCAUAUAUUGUGUUUAAUAUUAAACACAGGUUGAUUAUAUCUGUGGAGCUGACAUCAGAGCAUUCAUUGAAGAUAAAAAGAAAAUCUUGAUAAAGGUUCAUGUCCGUCAAGACCUUUAGUACCACCAGCCUAUAGAAGUACCCUGCUAUGCAUCAACAUUGUUCCCCUUGGUAUGCUGCUAUUGAACUGAGAGGGACAACCUGGUCACAGGAGAGCAUGCAAGGGGGAUGCAUCCUAUCUGCAAGACCUGUUGAGAAACAAAGCAUCAUAUUCUAAAAGAAAGAGAAAACUUGUCAAUGUUAGACAUAUUAUUUGAGUCAUUUUAUAUUUACAUUGACUCCUGUUUUUUAGUUGUUGAUUUUUUGUGAUGCCUACAUGCUGCAGUUAUAUUAUUUAUACAAUACUGUAGUAUUUGGUACAUUGUUAUACUAGUCAGUUUUCCCCGUGUUUAUUUCUCUCGGAUGAUUCUGUAUUUUGCCAGGCUAGGAGAGUGUGAAUAUUUUGUUUGAGAGAUACUGACCAACGAUGUUUCUAUUUUGCCUGAUAGUUUAUUUUAUCAUGUCUGCCUGCUACUCAGUAAUCAGGGGUUAUUAUUGCUUAUGCCAUAUUCCAAAAUGGUAUAUUUUAUUAUUAGUCUGUAUUGAUGUUUGUUUCUGACAGUAUGUAUUUAUUUAAUGCCGUCCAAUUUACCAGUAAAAAGUUGCUAUAUUUUUUUAGUGAAUGUAAUUUUGGAGAGGGAGAUAGAACUUAAUAAAAGAUUUGAUACUGAAUCGAGAAUGAUAUUUGGUUGAUAAUAAGCGAAAGCUAUUGUUUAGAGAUCUUACCUUGGUCGUUAUUUUAAUCAAUUCUCAUUACUAAUUAUCAGCAUUGCAAUCAUGGUUUAUUUUUAAUUACUAGGUGUGCGGUAAGUUUCCGGACUUAUAACGCUAAGAUUCGAAGUUCUAUCCCAGCAAUAGACAGGGCGCAAAUAUCCCAUUGUGUAGCUUUGUGCUACAAAUCUAACAACUACUACUUGUUGUUCCCUCCAGAGAUUUACAGAUUUUUUUGUUUCUUCGCAUAUAUCUCUGAAAACUCCAGUAAAAGCACCAUCC